GCUAGGAAAUGUCUAUAACUUCAAAUUGCACACUAAUUAAUAGAUAUGAAUGUGGAUCAAAGAUUGAUUGUGCGCCUUUUGCUGGCCAUUCUGUUGACUUCCUUGAUAACUACCAUUUUAAUGGGCAAGCAGAUUCACAGAAGAAUUGUGGAGUCCAUGGUAAAUACAAUCGGUCAAAAGGAUAGUUUCUAUGAAACAGAGCUUUCGAAGACGGCGGUGCCAGCAAGACAGCUUCUAAAAAGAGAGAUCAGUUCAAAGAUCGCAAUUGUCCCACCGAUAUGUACCUUAAAUCAAACCGAAUUGGAUAUCUUAAGGACCCAGCGCCACAAAAGUUUCCGCCUGCCCAAGCAAGAAGCGGUUAAGGAGUGGCAGAAUGCGCUCUCCUUUAAGAAGGAUAACAGCCGCACCGGAUUGAGUGAGUUAUCACACACGAAGGAAAAUAAAGAGCUCCAGCUCUCCGAUCGCAUUCCCCUCAACAGAUCCUUGCCGGAUACCAGACCUAUAAGCUGCCGGAAACGCCAGUAUCUGGAGAGUCUACCCAAUGUGACAGUAAUAAUGGCCUUUCACGAUGAACAACUCAGCGUGUUGCUAAGAUCCCUGACGAGCAUUAUUGAUCGCUCUCCUGCGGAGUUACUCAAGCAGAUUGUCCUCGUGGAUGACGAUAGUAAUUUGCCGGAAUUGGAACAACAACUGGAUGAUUUUGUGGCCCAAAACUUUCCCAACAUCAUCCAGGUCAUACGACUUUCAGAACGACGUGGUUUGAUCAAUGCGAGAAUGGAGGCAGUUAAGGUGUCCAGCGGCCAAGUUUUGGUCUUCCUAGACUCCCACAUCGAAGUCAACGCCAAUUGGUUGCCUCCCCUGCUGGAACCUAUAGCUAUGAACCAACAUAUAGUCACCGGUCACAUUAUGGAUGUCAUCUCACACAAGACACUUGCGUAUACGAAACAAGAUCCGUUGACCCGUACAGGUUUCAAUUGGUGGCUUGAGAUUGAGAGGUUACCCCUUCUUCCCGAAGAUAAAAGUCCUGAUUCCACACCCUACCGCACACCGGUUUUAUCAGGAGCUCUGGCCAUUGACAGGAACUACUUCUUGAGUCUGGGAGGAUUCGAUGAGCAGCUGGACACCUGGGAAGCUGAGAAGUUCGAGAUGAGCUUCAAGGUCUGGAUGUGUGGUGGCAUGAUGCUGUAUGUUCCCUGCUCCCGAGUGGGUCACGUAAGCAGAGGACCCAUGCAAUCGAUGAGUAGUCCAAGGAAAUUCCAUUUUCUAGCCAGGAACUACAAGCGAGUAGCUGAAGUUUGGAUGGAUAAAUAUAAGAAGUAUGUGUUCGACAAGAAGCCGAAGCUCUACAAGAUGACGAGUACUGGACCGCUAUCCCAUAGGAAGACCUUAAGAAAGGCACUGAAGUGCAAGACCUUCCAUUGGUACUUGACAAAGGUGGCUACGGAUUUUCUGAAGAGGUAUCUAGCAUUGGAUUCGCCGGCGGGUUUCUCCGGCGUUAUUGAAAGUGUGGCUUUCCCUGGAUUCUGUGUGGACUCCCAGGAUCGUAGACACACGAAACCGGUGAUUUUAGCCCGCUGCACUGGGCACAAAUCAAAGCCCGGGGAGCAUCAGAAUUGGACCUUAACGCAGGAUCAUGAGAUUCGUCUGACGAAUAGUAAAGAUGAUUGCCUGGAGGCGCAGGGCCGUAGGUCAAAGUCCGUGUGGCUCUUUCACUGUCACAAAAAUGGUGGAAAUCAGUACUGGUUGUACAACCGCCGGCACCGGUGGCUCCAGCAGGGACAAAUGUGGGUGUGGUGCUUGGAAGCCCACUUGCCCAGUGGUCAUAAGGUUGGCAAGGUUCUGGCCAAUAAGAUCUGCAAUAGAAAUCAACUGGAACAGCAGUGGAAAGUUGGCCAAAAUGCCCCCUACGAUCCACACAGGGAGCCUAACUAA